GGUCUGGGUUCAAAGUUCACAGUACAGAGCGCCUGAGCUAAAGAGAGAGAGAGUAGCCAGAGGUGGGAGCCGGCUUGGGAACGGGGGCAUGGCCUGUGCCAUCAGCUCACUUGACGACAGGAGCAGAGAGAAAGUCGAGGAGGCUCGGGCAAAGGCGAGACCAGAGCUGAAGGGAGAAGCGGGGUGGACAAGAUUUGGCUACGCCGUCUCUUUCCCGCUGGCCCCUGAGCUGGUUCAAGACAACUGCCCUCGAAUUAACUACUUGGAGGUGAACGAGGGGCAGUUCAUACAGCAGUAUGAGGCUCCAGGUUUGCCAGUGGUCAUCACCCACUCCCAGCUGGACUGGCAGGCAAGCAGGAAAUGGACUCUUGAGAGACUGGCCAAGAAGUACCACAACCAGAGGUUCAAGUGUGGAGAGGACAACGACGGCUACUCCGUGAAGCUCAAGAUGAAGUACUUUGUUCGCUACAUGCACUGCACCAGAGACGACUCUCCACUGUACAUCUUUGACGGCUCAUUUGGAGAGCAUCGGAAGCUGUCGGGUCUCCGAGAGGACUACGAGAUUCCCAAGUAUUUCCGUGACGACCUGUUCCAGUAUGUGGGGGAGGACAGGCGACCCCCCUAUCGAUGGUUCGUCAUGGGUCCUGCCAGGUCUGGCACAGGGAUCCACAUCGACCCUCUUGGUACCAGCGCCUGGAAUUCCGUCGUCAGAGGACACAAGAGGUUCUCCUGUUUUCGGUUCAUCCCCACAUUUCUGGUCCCCCCAGGAGAUGGGGGGAACCAGAAGAACGAGGCCAUCACCUGGUUCGUCCACGUCUACCCCAAGACCCAGCUCCCCUCGUGGCCAAGGGAGUACAGACCGCUGGAGAUCCUGCAGAGUCCUGGUGAGACGGUCUUUGUUCCGUGUGGCUGGUGGCACGUGGUACUGAACCUGGACAACAGCAUCGCAGUCACUCAGAACUUCUGCAGCGUGACAAAUUUCCCCCUCGUAUGGAGCAAGACGGUCAGGGGCCGACCCAAACUCUCCAAGAAGUGGUACACUGUACUGAAGGUAUGUUGAUACAUGUUCACUGGCUUUGUACUAAGGAAAGAAGAAUGAGUGCUUGGUAUAUACUGUUGCACCUUAAGACCCCAUAAUACGCAACUUUGUAGCGUGGACAAAGUUGCAUGCAACUUCAAAUGGUAUGAUAGACCAUGCAACAAACAAAUUUACAGUCAAGAGCUGAUGAUUUUUUUCACAUUUGCAAGCAGUUUAAACAGAAGUUUUUCAUUGAUCAAAGCAGUGAAAGAACUGGAGACUAAGGAGCCAGGAUUACAACUUGUGCUAUAUACACACACAGUACCCAGUUUUACAAUGGUAUAAUGUGCAGUAAAAGUGGUCUAUGAAAUGUGCAGUAGUGUCGUUGAGCUUUUCUCACAGUCAGAAUGAGGCAGCCUUUGAAUUGAGUCGUUGCUCGUGUCCAUUAAUCCCUAGCAUGCAAGCCAUAGUGACAUCAAUGUCGAAGUAGUUAUAGUACAAAAACAACAGAUAUCUUUGUAUUGGUAUAUAAACUGCAAAUUCGAGUGUCUUCGUGGUUCUAAAGCCCACGUGGGAGGCUGGAAUGACGCAAUAGUAACCGAGGCAGAGCCGAGGUUUAUAAUGAAUCAUUCAGCCGACCACAAGGGCUGCAGAACCACUGAAGAAUUUGUCGUCUUAGUUGUUAAGAAAAUGGAGAGGUGUACUGUUGGCUGUAGCUCGUUCGCGUUCAACCUUGGUUGGUAGCAGC